UAGAGUCGUCAGAUUGAAGGGAUUUCAUUGGUAGCUCAGAUUUUUGUCCUCAUUACUCGACAUUUUCCAUAAUUGAAGUAUUUUAAUCCUCCGCAAAUCGACUCUUUCUUCUCUGAAGGACGUUACGGAACUCUACGGCCAGUUCAACCUUUCCUAAGAGGUGCGGUGUUAUUUAUAACCGAAGACUUUCUCACAUAAGUUAUGAUUUUGUUCUGUGGAAUCGAUAUUUCGUACGCAAGCGGAGUUUCUCGAUCAGCCUGAGCGCCGUACUAUGGCUAGUAUCGGCUCGGGAAAGUCCGACAGCGAGGUUUCGACGUCCAUCCUGAGCGGCAGCCUGCAACAGCGGAAGAGACUCUCGUCCGUCUGCGACGCCUGCAAAAGCAAAAUGCAGCUGGUGGCCGACCUGCUCCUGCUGUCCAGCGAAACCAGGCCGGUCAUGAGCACGGACGGGGUGCAGGUCGCCGAGACCUUCGAGAAGUGCCGGGACACGGUGAUCGCCAGGACCAAGGAGCUGUCCAUCAUCACUCACGACAUCCAGAGCCAGCUCAACAUGGGGAAGUUCACCGAGGUCUGCGAGCGACUGGUGGAACUGGGCGACCUGGUGGUGUCCCUGACCGAGUUCUCGGCGCACGCCGCCUACCUCGCGGCGAUCGAGGCUUCCGGCUCGCAUCCCGCCGUCCCGGGAUUGGUGGAUCGCUACAAGGUGACCCGAUGCCGCCACGAAGUGGACCAGACCUGCUCGGUCCUGCGCGUGAUGCCGCUCCCUGACCUGACUCCUCAGCUCCUCCUGGAGGUCUCCCAGAACAUCCUGAGGAACCUGACCGUCCUCACGGACGCUUCGUCUCUGGCGAGCGAGAAAUCCAAAGACAGAUUCGCCAAGGAACAGUUCAAAGCCGGCGUCAAGUGCAUGAGCACCAGCGCCACCGCGCUGCUCGCCUGCGUCAAGGAGGUGAAGACGAGUCCCAGCGAGCUGACGCGGAACCGCUGCGUGCUGUUCGGCGGGCCGCUGGUGCAGGCCGUCCACGCCGUGGUGGGGUUCGCGACCGAGCCGCAGUUCCUGGGCAAGCCGGCCACCCUCAGCGCCGAGGGCAAAGCGGUGCAGACGGCCAUCCUGGGCGGCGCCAUGAGCGUGGUGUCGGCCUGCGUCCUGCUCACCCAGGGUCUCCGCGACGUCUCCCAGCACGCCGAUAACAGCACCCAGAUGCCCGGCUACCGCGAGCGGCUGAGGCAGUCGGCCUGCGCCGUGUCGGAGGGCUGCACCCUGCUCUCUCAGGCGCUCAGGGAACGAUCGUCGCCCAGGACGCUUCCGCCGGUCAACUCGCAUCCUGUGAACUGACGUUUACGUACCAAAGGAGCGCACCUCCAACCCCCCCACCCCCCCGCGUCGUCGAGCGAGCGCGUCUGUUAGCCCGGCGAUGUUCACGUUUGACUGAAAACGGCGGUUUUUCUUGCGCUGGAUGUAACGAAAACCAAAACUGACACACGCGUACUCACUGCCGCAGAUCUGCGCUGAUUUUAUUUGUGUGUAGAAUUUGAUUUUAACAAAAAACUAGCAGAAAGUUUACCUCAGUGUGUAGUGAUGAUCGUAGCCUGACGGUGUGUGAUGGACGUUAUUGAGGCUUUUCCACCAGACAGGCGCCGGUUCCGAGUCCGUACUCAUGAAUAGAAUUAAAAAGCUGUCAGGAACUAUAAUCUAGAUCUAAAAACUAGAAUUGGUGACCCAUAUUCCCCAAAAAUCAAUCCCUUAUUAGCUAGGACGGUUGGUUUGGUUGGCCGGUUCCCAAAUUGGGUUCCGUAUCAAACCUGAACCUGUUCCAAAAUCAGCCAAUCAGAGUGCUAAAAUUAAAAACUGGAAGUUUAAGAUCAGCGAUCGAACCUUAUUAAAAUAUAAACGUAUUUUUAAAUUGCAUACGCCAACCGUGAACCAAUAGGAGUGUUUGAUUAGAAGCUAAAUUGCUUAAAAAAUACAUUUGAGCAGCAACACAAAAGCUAAAAACAAUAGUUUUAUAUGAUUUUUAUAUGAUUUGUGUGUAGAUUAUAACAUCCGUCACCUUCCAGUACCGAUCAUACAUCAUAACCACACUGGUUCCACAGUUAACCCAGUAGAAGUGCUACAGGACGAGGCCCGGUCCUGGUACCGGUACGGUCUCGGUGGAGAAGCCGGGUCGAGUCGUGUGGUUAGUGAAGCUGAAUGUUAAACCUUCGGAUUUUGUUUGUGUGAUUCUGUUUGGAUGGAUUGAAGCUGCUGUGAGUUUGUGCUGCAGGUUUUACACUAUUUACCGACGUUUUUACAUUCUGAUGUGUGUUUGUUCUGGAUCAUGCAUGUACUGGAGUAUUUAUU